UAAUAAUAAUUAAAAAAAUAAAAAAAUGGCAGCCUAUUCUCUCCACUCUAGCUACAGCCUACUAUCCUCGAGAAGCUCAACAGCGUCGCCCACUCUCAACACAUGCACGGUCCAGCAUCCACGCGCCGCCCUCAGCCGCCUCCACGCGCUCCUCCACUCCGCCGCCGUCUCCGCUCUCCUCUACUACAGAAUCUCCAACCUCGUCCGCGGCGACGUCCCGCUGCUCUCCUGGGGUCUGAUCAAUCUCUCCGAGCUGAUUUUCACCUUCGUAUGGACUCUGACUCAGGCCUUCCGGUGGCGUCCGGUGGUGCGCGCGGUGGCGCCGGAGAAUCUCCCCCGGGAGGAAGAGCUUCCCGGGGUGGACGUGUUCAUAUGUACGGCCGAUCCGAAGAAGGAGCCGGUGGUGGAGGUGAUGAACACGGUCCUGUCGGCGAUGGCGCUGGACUAUCCGGCGGAGAAGCUGGCGGUGUACUUGUCGGACGACGGCGGCGCCGCCGUGACGUUGUACGCAAUGAAGGAGGCGUGUGGGUUUGCUAGGGUUUGGGUGCCGUUCUGCAGGAAAUAUGGGGUGAAGACUCGCUGCCCUGAGGCUUUCUUUUCUUCUUUCGGUGAUUCCGAAAGGGAGCUUCUUCUCCACGGCGGUGAUGAAUUCACGGCGGAGGAAGAUCAAAUCCAGACAAAAUAUGAACAUUUCAAGAGAAAUGUGGAGAAGGCUGCUGAGUUAGAAAACGACGUAAACGACGACCGCCCUCCUUACGUCGAGGUAAACGUUCUCAUUUUCGUGAUAUAUGACAACAAAAACAAUGGAGGCACAAUGAAUGAUAUCUCCAAACUGCCACUUCUCGUUUACGUAUCCCGCGAGAAAAGACCGUCUCGCCCUCAUCGCUUCAAAGCCGGAGCACUUAAUGCUCUCCUUCGAGUUUCGGGGGUAAUGAGCAAUGCUCCAUAUGCACUAGUGUUGGAUUGCGACAUGUAUUGCAACGACCCCACAUCGGCCAAGCAAGCAAUGUGCUUUCAUCUCGACCCUAAAUUAUCGGAUUCGCUCUCGUACGCACAAUUUCCUCAAAUCUUCUAUAAUGGUAGUAAAAACGACAUUUACGAUGGCCAAGCAAGAGCUGCUUAUAAGACCAAGUAUCAAGGCAUGGAUGGGAUAAGCGGCGCAGUUUGCGCCGGUACCGGUUACUACAUCAAGAAAAAGGCCUUGUAUUGUAGCCCUAAUCAAGAAGAAUUUCUUUUGUUUCCGACAGAUGAGUUCCUUCGAGAGCCACAAAAGAACUUCGGCUACUCGACAAAGUUGAUCUAUUCAGUAUCAACACUUACCCACAAAAGUGUGAAUAAUAAUCAAAGGGAAACUUUAUUAGACGAUGCAACCGUCGAUGAAGCCAAGAAACUAGCAUCUUGCACGUACGAACAAAACACCAAAUGGGGAAAAGAGAUUGGUUAUUCAUACGAUUGUUUGUUGGAGAGCACGUUCACCGGAUAUCUAUUACACUGCAAAGGGUGGAAAUCCGUGUAUCUCUACCCCGACAGGCCGUGUUUCCUUGGAUGCACCACAAUCGACAUGAAAGACGCGCUUGUUCAGCUCAUGAAAUGGGCUUCGGGCCUCGUUCAAGUCGGGCUUUCAAAAUUCAGCCCGCUCACUUACGGGAUGUACAAUAUGUCCGUGCUUCAAAGCAUGUGCUACGGGUACUUUGCGUUAUCGCACUUUUUGUCGGUUGCGUGCUUUUUGUACGGAGUAGUUCCUCAACUAUGCUUCCUCUAUGGAGUCCCUUUGUAUCCGAAGGUAAAUAAUUAUUUGAAUUAUUUUAACCCUUUUUUCGUGCAUGCAAAAAGCUCGUAUAUUGCGAUUCGUCGGUUGAAUUUAUUAAAUAAUAAUCUUUUUUUCUUUUAA